UGUUUAUUUUUUUGAUGUUGUACUUCCCUUACUCCUGUUAUGGCUGUGUCUUUUUUUCAAAUAAAAAACAUUGAAUUGAAACGCUGUUUUCAUUAAACUGUCAAAACUUAAAAUUGAUUUGUAUCCUAUGUGGUGCUCCAUCUUAAAAAAUAUUUGAAUUUAUUUUAUCUUGACGUUUGAACUCGUGUUUUGAACGUUGAAAGUGUGAUGAAAGACUUUGUUGCAUUAGAAAGUAAGAGUUACCAAAGAAAUGGCGGCAAAUUCACGAAAAGCUGACUUAACAUUUUUUUUUGAAAAGAGACAGCUGCGGACACUAAAUUUGAAACGGAGGAGAACGAGUUAAUUCAAUUAUAUCUAUCUUUAAAAGAACAUGAAGAAAUCUAUGUUUAUACUUCAUUCGUCUUUCUCUGUAAACACACAUUGUGAUGCCGUAAAACAAAUUCGAAAAUAAAAAGAGAAGAAAUGGAAGCAUGUGGAACAAAAAUGGCUAAAUUAUUCAUAUCCGUGUUUCGGUGGAAAUGUGCUCGAUUAUUUUGUCUCGCGUUAACUCUGGCUCUUAUUGUUCUUGGUGUAAAUUUUACAGACUGGUAUGGCGAAAAAAAUAUUUAUGUUAAAGAGCGCGAAAAUGUUGAUAUAUCUAUACGUACUAAAGUCUCUCAAUAUUCGAGUUUCGAACAUAUGAAAACAGAAGACGAACGCAAAUAUUUUCAACAAUUUACUUCGGAAAAUCGAUGGCACAAAAAAUUAAUUGCAAAAAAUCAGAAUGUGAACGCACAUGAGAAAAUUGGUUUACCAAGAGAACACACGCUAACGAGCGAAGUUGAGAAUACAUACGAGACAACAUUAACUGAUCCUGAAGAGAGGAACUUCAAAACUACUCCAUUCAAACCAGACAUCACUUUAAAGAGUAGCAAAUAUGAUCACAUGGUAUCUUCUACUGCGUCACAAAAUUCAAAUAAAAACAAGGGAAUUAGAGAGGAUCGGACUUCAAAAGUGCUUCAACACAUCGUUGAAAAAGGCAAAAAUAUAAUGACACAAAUGACGAAAGAAGGAUCGCCGAUGACAAGAGUCGAAGAUUUAAUCACUGAACAGUCUAAUAUAAAAUUUCUUCCUGACGAUCUCGUUGACAAAAUACUGAACAACAGAAGAAUUGAACAAAAGAAAUGUAAACCGAUCAAAAAUGUGAUUUUUCUAAAAACUCACAAAACAGGUUCGAGUACCAUAAUAAACAUCAUGCAACGAAUUUCACAUCGCAAAAAUUUAAGCAUUGCACUGCCAGGGGUAAAUCAUUUCUUAGGAUGGCCCAAACCUUUCCUUGAGAACUACAUAUUCGAACACGAAACAAACAAAACCUAUAACAUCAUAUGCAAUCAUGCUAGAUUUAAUAAGCAGCGAAUGCUAAAAGUCAUGAGUAGCAAAAACACAAAAAUUGUCACCAUUAUACGGGAUCCAUUGUAUCAGUUUGAAUCGUCUGCCGUAUAUUUGAAUUUUAACAGUUUGCUUAAACUGAAUCGUUCGAAAAAUGUUCUUGAUGCGUUCUUUGCACAACCAGAAGAGGCUAUAUACAAUCGAACCUUGCACAGAAAUUCGCACAACGUGUUUCUACUAAAGAACCCGAUCGCAUUUGAUUUAGGCUUUCGCACUUGGAUCCAAACUGAGGAGCAUGUUCAGCAUGUUUUAAAUUCAGUGAAAAAAGAUUUUAAUUUAGUGAUGAUAUCGGAUUACAUGGAAGAAUCGUUAAUUUUACUGAAGAAUGAAUUAUGUUGGGAUAUGAAGGACGUACUGUACUUCACAAUGAAUAAACGACCAGAUAAUCGCCGCCAGAAAAUUCAGAAUAUUGCAGAGAAGAGGAUGAAAUUAAAAAGAUAUAACAAAUUGGAUUACAGCAUUUUUGAGUAUUACAACAAAACAUUUUGGGAGCAGGUUAAAGCAGGCGGAGAAACAUUUCAAAACGACGUCAAAAUUCUCAAAGCAAUAAAUAAAAUGCUGGCUGACACUUGUUUACAUCAAGGACGUCAUUUUGAUAAAUCUCAGUGGUGGUUUCCCAUACUAGGAUAUAAAUUAAAAGUUGAAGCAAAAAAAUCACCGUACUUUCAGUUAUGCGAAGAUAUGACCAGGUCUGAAAUAGAUUUUACAAAUAUGCUUAAGUUGAAAUCGACUAAACGUCACUGGACUAUACCAACACGUGUCAUAAAAACCCGCAUGCGCAAAUAUAAAACAAAGUAAAACUAAAUGGACUACCGUUAUGCUUCGAAUAAACGCCCGGGGCGUUUAUCAAUUUUUUUGACAUUUUUGGGGGCGUCUAUUCGAGGGGGCGCUUAAGAGAAGGGGGCGUUUAUUAAAUUUUUUACACUUCGUCUCUUUUGAAGUUUUUAAAGAUACCUAUAAUAUAUAUCUUCACAACAGAGAGUAAAAGAUAUUCACAUGUUUUAGUGAAUGAACUUCAAAUCGAAAAACUAAAUUUCCAACCUUAAACCUGAGAUUUAGGAAAAAAGUAAGUAAGUAUACUUUUGCUAUCGCCUCGAAUAAACGCCCCUUAUGAGGGAAGGGCGUCUAUUCGAGGGAAGCGUCUAUUCGAGGGGGACGUUUAUUUAAAGAAUGACUGAAAAGGAGGGGCGUCUAUUCGAGGGGGGCGUUUAAUAGAAGGGGGCGUUUAUUCGAAGCAUUACGGUAGGCUAUGUUUUUAAAUAUUUAUUGGUUAGGUAGUUUAUAUAUUAAUUUAUGUUUAUAAUUACUUGGUAUUUAAUAUUACGUAAAAAAAAUAAGUUUAAAUAUAUUUUGAAAAUUUCUACUAAGUUGCAGAAGAUGUCAUUUCAUCAUGAUGUCGCGAAUCGUGUUCCCAAAAAUAGCGAUUUUUCGCGAUUUUUGAAUAAAAACCAGAUUUCACUUAAGUCAUUUUUCUGAUUUAAGGCAAAUACAAUAAUUUUGCUAGAGUUAACUGAGACUGCCCCAUAAUUAUUAAUUAUUCAAGAUUUCCCACCCAUGAAAUUAUUCUAACUCAAAGUUUUACAUCAAUACGAACAACGUUACCCUCAUGGUGGUAAAAUAAAAAUAAAAAAAUGAAACAUGCGAAAGGUUUUUAAACGUACGUGUUCAUUAAUUUGAACACGGAAGAAUAAAAAAUUGACUUUAACUUAUUAGAAAACCGAAGUUAAAAAAAAAGAUUAAAAUUUUGCGGGAAUUAUUUUCGCGAUAAUGACAAAAUUUUUUAUAACAUUUUAAUUGAAGUUAGAAAUAAAAAAAGGACUUUUGGAAUUGCAAAAGAUAUUUUCGCAAAAUGCUAGCUUUAUUUCGAUUUUGCGAAAUUAAUUGACCCAAAUUCGCGAAAAUAUCUUCGCGAAAUGCUAGCUUUAUUUCGACUUUGCGGAAUUAAUUGACCCAAUUUGCGAAAAUUUCGUUCCUGGAGGUAGAUAAAAUACGUCAGAUCAUAUUUUUGAAGUAAUGGUAUUCAGUAUGAUAUUUAAGAAUGGUCUUUAUUGUA